UUCCGGGAACGUUUUAGACCCGUACUUUGACGAAAUCUUAUCCUAAAGCAAAACCUAUAUUCGAGCUAAAAUAUUGCCCCAGGCACCGAAUAGAACAAAAAUACUAUCCAGUUUAAUUAGCAGCAUUACUAGCUAGCUAGCUGAUGGCUUCAACGAGACCUGUUGAUGUGUGUCGUGCUUGUGGGGGAAACUAUCCCUGUAAGAGUUACAAACAUAAUCUUUUUAUUGCCAAGACGUCGGAGCGAUAUGAUUAUGCUAUGGCACUAGAGGAGAUAACUGGUCGCAUCGUUGAGGGGGAUGAUCUUCCUAAGGCAGUCUGUGGAAAGUGUCGGACACUUUUAACAAGGUACUACAAAAGUAGUAACGAAGUGGCGAGAGUUGGGAAUUUAUUUCGGGAACGAGCCUGUACUGUAGCCUCGCUUUUUAGGCCUACCACCCCUGUACAAGUGGAUCGAGAUUUUGCUUCAGUCGACAUCAUUUUGGAGUCGCAGUCCGACGAUGUUUCGAGUUCAGAAUUCACAAACAAAAAGACCACCAUGGUGCUUGUGCAGAGUCAAACAUCACGCAAGACUCGCAUCGUCACUGGUCCCAUGGAGAAGGUUGUGGAGAACAUCGUACGAGGACGGUUUCACAGCUUACCAAAGGCAGUGAUGGAUGUACCUACUUUGGCUCCCCUGGUCAUUAAAGAAGUUUUAAAGCGUGUUGACAAAGAAUGCCACGCCAUUACCAGCUUUGAAUUCAACUCUAUACUGCGACAGACCAGUCCUUCUGCUCUAAAAGACUUUACUUGGGACAAGGUUUUAGAAGAAUGGAGGACAAAUGCUCCAACUUUCAUGAGUUUCCUGGAGACUGCAAGCACAUUUGUAAAGACUCAAAAUAAGAAAACACCAAAAGCACACAGAAAGAAAUGCACAAUGGCCAUGGCUGGUUCAAGUCUUCUUCAGGCUCGCUGUGAGAGGAUGAGUGCCGCAAUGCAUCGGAACUCAAUAAUACUGCAUCAUGGUAAUGCAAAGAAAGGAUGCCACCGUAGACUUGCUAAACUUGGAAUUUGUGUCAGCAGGCAGAGCACGAGUAAUAAGCUGAAAGGAAUGAGCGACUCGCAGGACAGUGAUUUUGAGUGGAUGCCAGUGACAGAUGAAAGUUGGACAACUACCGCAGAUGAAGAACCACGUGACAACUCCUCAGCCUCAUCAACUUGUAGUGAGGGUGAUGUUAAAGAGCGUCUUGAGAUGCCAGUGAUGGAUGACGACAGUGGCAGUGAUCGUGAAGACGAGUUGCCCCAAGUUGUCGUUCUCAAAAAAGGAGAUCUGAGCGCAGAAGAGGUGACUCGGAUUAAAGGGGGGACGGAAAAAGAGGACAAGCCCCCAGCAGAUGGCAAAAUCCUGUUCAAGAAGCCCACUAAGCGUUCCUCCGAAAAGUUCCAGGGCAUCACUGCCAGCUCCAGCAAGAAGAAGAAACAAAGUUCAGUAACGAGUGAAACAGAUGAGGAGAAAACUGAGGAAAAGGUGAAGUUGGGAAAGGUGAAAAACAAGAGUCUUCUUUCUUUUGGAGAUGAUGAGGACGAGGACUGAAAUGUAAUAGCCUUGGGGAUUUUAGACUACAGCAAUCAACCACUCAUUUUGGAUCAUGGAAUUCAGCCACUGCAGUCGGUUUUCAUUGUGGCCAAGAAACACAACAUAUAACUCCACAGUGUAGUUUUUAUCCUAUGAAAUUUGUCUAAGAUCUUAUUCAUUUGAAGUCAUCCAUCCACUUCAGAGAUGCAGUCUCUGGGCUAGAAUCUGGACAUGAGUUUGGAAGAGACCCUUUACAUUCAAGGGUCUAUUACAUACAUAAGAUAAAAAACACAUAAGUCUCCAUUGACUUAUGUUUGUCAGUUGCAAAACGACUGGGUUCCUCUUGUACAUCCAUUGUGACUGUAUUCAUAGAUCUGCGCUAUGUGGACUUCCUUUCAUUUAGGGUUUAACUGACACGAAUGAGCUCCCUGAAUGAGCUUUAAGAUACACCUGGUGGUAUUUCAACAGUCACUUGGGUGAUGAAAUGAGCUAGUUGCUUUGUCUGGCUCAGUUGGAAAAAGUUUAGAUAUAUUGAUGUGAUUUUUAUACCUACACAUUCAAUAUUUAAUUGGAUGUACACAUUUUAGCUCCGACAAAGGAGCUUAUACUUUUCCAUAUUUGGUUACCUUUAGUUUAAGUUAAGCAAUCUGUUGUUUAACUUAAUGUGAGAUUUGACUGUGUGUGAUUGUAUUGUAAUGUACAUUUUUCUUUUUUUUUGUAAAUUAUGGUUUCAUAGUUGAUGUUUGAACUGCAACUGUCUAGUUAUUACACAACAAUAAGGCCUUAUUUUUUGAUUCCGUAAUACAUCCUGUAGAAAAGUAAACAAGCAAGAUGAACAACCAAGGAUACAUUUUAUUCCUAGUCAAACAGUACAUAAAAAUGAGGCAUCAGAGCACAGAGGACUGAUUCAGUAACCAGAAUGGCUUUAAGGACACAAGCCAAAUUAAAAAGGCAAAUUUGUUAUCAAGUAACCUUAACACACUAGACCCCACAUGACCUUUGGCUGUUACUUGGAUGACUGAAAACACCGAAGACAAUAAUAGUUCUGAGGUACUGUGUAGAAGUGUAAAAUGACUCAAGUAGUGUUACAUACUAUUUUAAAAAUGAAAUGCCACACAUGUCUAGUCCAGGGGAGGGCAAAUGUUUUUGGCUUGGGGGCAACAAGGAUUUUUUAAAUUAAAUGGGAGGCCUCAUUUGUUUUGUAAUUUGUUUAUCAUAAAUUAUUUGCGUGCCAGAAAUCUUUUGGCAUGCCAGAAAAGGGCAAUAAUUAAAAACAUACAGUAGGUCCCUUAUGUCUAAAUUUAGAUUCAGAUGUAUAAAACUAGGCUGAUGAGUUUUUCUUUACUUAUUACAAACGGCAGACUGGAUUGAAUUGCCUCAUGGGCUGGAUGGAACUGCUGGGCCUUAGUUUGCCCACCUCUGGUCUAGGCAUUGGUCUGUUUGCUCUUGCCAAAUCCAAUGCAGUAGUGGGCAAGAUGGCACAGACAGCCUUGGCAGUCAGGCUUAAUCCCUGGCAGUUAAAGCUGAAAAGGCAUUUUCAUAAUCCUUCCCACAAAACCUGACUUCAGGAAACAACAUGAGCUGACUUUUAGUUUUUUUUUUAUCGGUCAGUCACAAUUUUUUAUGUGAAUUAUGCCCAUUAAAAGCAUAAUAAACGAGUGAGAUAUGGACUACA